AGUGAAGCUUAGCCCAACAAAAGAUCCCUGGAAUUACUACCCUAGCUACCUACGGUACGGUACCUUGUCUUGAACCGAGCGGAGAAGGAGAUUCUUUACCGGUUCGAACCGGUAACAAAGCCUAUUCCCCCACAGCGGGAGGCAUUUUACCCCACAUUCCCUACUUUUAUCCCCUGAUUUUAAGAAGCGAAUCUAGCCAUCUCACCCGCUCACGUUAACAAAUAAAUGACCGCUCUAGCGUGUAAGAGGAUAGCCUGAUCCAGCUGGAACUUAACGCCUUUAUACGCCUUUAUACUCGUUACGUACAAUCUCAGAGAGCGAGGAGUUUCAGUUUAUAUUAGGUUAGGUAGAUUUUGGAUUUCCAAAAGGGGAAAAAUGGUUGCUGCAGUUCGAGUGACCCCAAGUGCUGCUACAAGAGCGGUUAGCCUUCUACGGACAGUUCAGUACGCUCACCCGCCAAAUUGUCCUUGUCAUUCAAACCCGGGACAUCACCAUCACCAUGCAAGACCCCAAAUUGACGCGUAUGCUCAGCAUGCACAUCGGCGGAUCGGGAGGCGCGGAUUUGCGUCUCCUAUAGACCCAUCCCAGCAGAAGGAGUAUGCAUUCGAGAUGGCUGCCUCUUCCAUCCGGUUCGGCCCCGGGGUCACCCAGGAAGUCGGCAUGGACUUUAAAAAUAUGAAUGUCAAACGUGUCUGCAUCGUGACCGACUCGACGGUACGGAAACUCACUGCUAUUAAGCAAGCAGAAGAAGCACUGUCAAGAGAAGGCAUUAAGUAUGAGAUAUUCGACAAAGUGCGAGUCGAGCCAAAGGAUAGUUCUAUCAAAGAGGCUAUCGCAUUUGCCAGACCAUAUAACCCUGAUGCUUACCUCGCUGUGGGCGGUGGCUCAGUCAUCGACACGGCUAAAUUGAUGAACCUCUACAACGAGUACCCCGAUGCAGAUUUUCUAGACUUCGUCAACGCGCCAUUAGGCAAAGGCCGUCCGAUUGAUAAGAAGCUGAAACCUCUUAUUGCUAUUCCUACGACGGCUGGCACUGGAAGCGAGACAACCGGAACAGCUAUUUUCGACCUGGUGGAAAAGAAGGCGAAGACCGGCAUCGCGCACCGCAACUUGAAACCGACCCUCGGGAUAUGCGACCCGCUCAACACGAGGACAAUGCCCUCGGCAGUGAAGGCGAGUUCCGGAUUAGACGUCUUGUGCCACUCGCUCGAAUCUUGGACGGCGAUUCCGUUCAAUGAGAGGGUGCCCCGGCCCUCAAAUCCCAUCUUAAGACCUGCGUACCAGGGCGCAAAUCCUAUUAGCGACAUAUUUUCUCUAAAUGCGCUCCGAAGUACAGUUAAAUAUCUGCCGAGGGCAGUUAAGGACCCUGAAGAUCACGAAGCACAAAGCGAGAUGCUCCUUGCAGCCACGCUGGCAGGCGUCGGCUUUGGAAACGCUGGCGUUCACUUAUGCCACGGAAUGUCAUAUCCUAUCUCCGGUCAAAACCCCGGUUAUAAGCAUGCAGGAUACGAUGUCACGGCGCCUAUAAUCCCUCACGGCGUUUCAGUCGCCGUCACCGCGCCAGCCGUGUUCCGGUUCACGGGCGCAUCGAACCCGGACCGCCAUCUCGCCGCCGCGGAAGUGUUCGGCGUAGAUAUCACCAACGUUAAGCGCGAGGAUGCGGGCCAGGUCUUGGCCGACGCUAUCACGCAGUUCCUCGCUGACCUAGGGGACCAGCCGAAGGGUCUUAAAGAAUUGGGCUUUGACUCGAGUCAUAUCGACGCUCUGGUCGAGGGGACGAUACCCCAAGCCAGAGUCCUGAUGUUAGCGCCUGGUCUUGCGAAGGAGCUCGAACAAGAGAGGGAUCAGCUGAGAAGACUUUUCGAGGAAGCCUUAACACAUUGAUAGUCUCUGGGAUUACUUGUUAUGCUGUAUACCUACCUCUACAAGCGGUUGUAGCUUGUGCGUAUAGUCCAAAUUUUAGUUGAUCAAUAGAGUCGGAAAUAGAGUCGGAAGUAUUGAUAUGAGUAACUAUGCUUAAAGGGA